CACUACUCUAGCAGGCACGACUUCUUCCAAAGAAGAUUCAGAAUUUUUGAACAUAUCAGACUCUUCCUUUUCCAACUCACUUUGCCUCUCUUUCUAAUUCCUUAGCCCUAAUUUGGUUUGCAGCUCUAAAAUCACCAUUGUUACUCACUCAAAAUCUUCGUCUCUGUUGAAUCUUCAAACGUCUGGGAGCUUCAAUGAAUGUUGAAUGUGGAAAAUAUCAAGAGUCCAUUCAAUCUUUUGUUUCAUUAGUUGAGCAUAUCAAGUAUGAUGAAGCCAUAGACAUUCAACAGAAGAAAGACAUAUUUGGAAAAGAGAUCAAUAUCCAACUUCAAAGAGUAGACAUGGAGUACAUAUGUCAUGUAAAAGAAUUAUCUGUUACAUGUAUCAUGUUGUACACAAGUCAUCUUCAUCAGGUGUUGAAGGCUUUCAAUUGGAGGAAACAAUUUGUAUUUGUUAAUCCCUGUGUUGUUAGUGGAAAAACUAUGGCUAGAGAGAAAUCAAAAUCAGCAUUGCUUACAAGAAGAUUAGAGGAGGUUAUGCUAGAACAAUUGAUUUUAAUUCCUUAUAAUAUUGGUCCCCGCAACAACCUACAAAUGUGAAUGUGGGUUUCAUGUAAUGGACCUCAUUAGAGAUCAAAGCAUCCUAAGAAAACAAAAUGUGAGAUAAAUUCUAACUUUUAUUACUAUAUUAUAUUCAUGAUACUUGUACAUCUUCUUCAUUAUCUAAUUGUUUCUAAAUAACCUCUUGUAGUUUAACGGAAAAAAAACUUACACGGAAACCGAAAUUGAUGAAGUGAGGGUUGAGUGGAUUAAUUUUGUCCUAAAGAAUAUGAGUUGAAAUCCAACAUGUAAGUAUUAUAUAACUUCCAUUCUUUAAAUUUCUAAUAAACAAUUUCUUUUGUUGGUGAGGAAUACAUAAUCACUUCAAGAUUUCAUUUUGAAUUUGUUGAUUCUAUGUAUAUUUAGUUUUAUGACUUUAAAAUAUCUGGCCAUGCAUUUACGAUUUUCAUUUUGGAUUUAUUGAUUCUAUGUAUAUGUCAUAUCUAUAUGGUAAUCCAAACUUCAUACUAGUAACAAUCAAAGUGGUUAUUCAUUUUCUAUUGAUGUAGGAGAUGAAGAGUCAGGUUGAUGAGAAAGAUCUGACUUUAUCUUUUGUAAAACUAGAACAGUCUCUACAAAUAUUUAGUUUAUUCAUAUGCUUCUAGAGGUUCCUAAAUUAAUUUGUGUUUUCAUUUUUCAAGUCAGAAAUUUCUUAAAGAGAUGUAAAAUAUGGUUAAAGAAUUUAACAACUUAGUUUUUCAGGUUUUUUCACUUUUUAAUAUAUGUAAGCACAGUUAAAAACUUUUUAUUUAAUUCCUUUG